AUGCAUAAAACAUCAAAUACAACAACAACAACAACAGGAAAAGUUUCAAAGAAUCGUUCUGUUAAUACGGAUUCGGAUAAUGGUGAUGAGUCAGAUGAUGAAGCUACUAGUGGAGUUAAUGAUAAAUUGGCUACAGCAAGUGGUCAAAAAAGACAAAAACAACAAAAGACAUAUGCGCCGGAAUUAUUACCAAUGAAAUCAUGUGAUGAUUCAUCAAAAUCUAUGAUUACGCUAUCGAAUUAUUUAAUGAAAAAACGUAAAUGGCCAUAUCGAGGAUGGCAUAAACGUUUUUUUGUUUUACAAAAUGGUUAUCUAAUGUAUGGCAAAUCUGAACAAGAAAUAAAACGUGGUCGAUAUAGUGGUAAAUGUGAUAUUGGUUUAUGUAUUGUAACAUAUAUUCGUGAAUUACAUCGAAUAAAUAUUGAUGAAACAAAUUCUGUUUAUCAUAUUAAAAUAAAAGAUAAAAAUACAUUUGAACAAUGGCUUGAACAAAUUACUAUACAUCGACAUAAUCGACAAAAAAUACUUGAAGAACAAAGUCCAUUAAUAAAAAAUUCAAUUAAUACUGAUGAAUCAAAAAAAGAAACUAAUGAUAAAAGUUCAUUGCCAACAAAUAAUAUUAUACAAUCAUCUGAUCGUUUAUUUUAUAAUGAUUUUGCUGAUAUUCAAGUACAAUUAAGUAGUCUAUCGGAUAUACUUGAACAAAUCAAAAUAAAUACUGCAACAACAUCAAGUAUAUCAUCAAGAUCAAUAGAUGGUGGUAAAACAAGUAGUGGUCAUACACCAUCAGCUAGUAUAAGUAGUAUAAAUUCAUUUACAUUACUCGAUACUCAACGACAAGAUUAUUUUGAAAUAUCAAAAAAAGUUUUUGAUAAUUUAAAUAAUCUUUAUAAACGUUUAUCUGUUCUGGCUAUAGAACAACAACAACAAUUGAUUAAUCCAGUAAAUGUAGGAACUAGUAAUACUCUUCAAUCAGUAUCAUCAACAUCGACGACUCUAUCUCGGCAUGAAUCAAUUUUUUAUGAUGCUCCUGACGCUAUUAGUGUACUUCUUUUAAAUGAAGAUAAGGAUGAAAUUGAGAAAAUGUCUGACUUUGAUUCAUCAAGUUGUGGUGAUGAUGAAAGUCAUGCAGGUGAUCUUUCUCCUAUAUCAGCUAUUCCACCGCAAUUAAAAUUACCUGAAAUAAAAUGGCGUCGAUCAUCAUUACCAUCGUAUGCACCAGAUACAUCAAAUAUUGGCUUAUGGAAUAUAAUGCGUAAAGCGAUAGGAAAAGAUUUAUCACGUGUAGCAAUGCCAGUUAUAUUAAAUGAACCAUUAGGAUUAUUACAAAAAUUAUGUGAAGAAAUGGAAUAUUCAGAUUUACUUGAUCGUGCAUCACAAACAGAUGAUGUUUAUUUACGUCUUGUUUAUAUAGUAGCAUUCAUUGUAUCAACAUAUUCAUCAAAUUAUUAUCGAACUGGACGAAAAAAUUUUAAUCCUUUAUUAGGUGAAACAUAUGAAUGUAUACGAGAAGAUAAAGGAUGGAAAUUUCUUGCUGAACAAGUUAGUCAUCAUCCACCAAUUAGUGUUUGUACUUGUAUUUCACCAAAUUUUAUAUUUUCUCAAAAAUUACAAGCAACAGUAAAAUUUUGGGGUAAAUCAAUGGAAAUACUUCCUGAUUCACUUAAUAGAUUAAUAUUACCAAAAUAUAAUGAAAUAAUAACAUGGAAUAAAUGUACAAUGUGUAUACAUAAUGUUCUUUCACCUGAACGAUGGAUUGAUCAUUAUGGUGAUGUUAUUGUUGAAAGUUCAUUUGGUAUUAAAGCUCGGAUUAGUUUUAUUCAGAGUGAUUAUCGAACACGUUUAAACAAUGUAGCUGGUGAUAUUGUAGAUGCUACAGGAAAAGUAGUACAUAAAAUAUUUGGUCAUUGGCAUGAAAAUGUUUUUUGUGGAAACGAUCAAACAGCUAAAUGUAUUUGGCGACAAAGUGCUGUACCGGAAAAUUCGAAACAAUAUUAUGGUUUUACUCGGUUUGCUAUUGAAUUAAAUGAACUUGAUGAUGAUCUUCGAAAGCAAUUACCACCAACUGAUACACGUUUUCGACCUGAUCAACGUUUAUUCGAAGCUGGACAAAUCGAACAAUCUGAAAAAGAAAAAGCUCGUAUAGAACAAGCUCAACGAAAACGUGCUGCUGUUGAUCCAUCUCCUAAAUGGUUUAAACGAGACGGUGAUUUAUUUGCUCUUAUUCGUGAUGAAGAUUCACAAAAUAAUUAUUGGAAAAAACGUGAAGAAAAUUGGACUGAUGUCGAAUUUAUAGAACUAUGGUAG